UUAUAAACACACUAACGCAGACAGUUGACACUAGUUGAUAAGUAUGUUAUGUUUAUUAUGAGAAUUAAACAAACAUCAUAUUAUUUAAAAAAGUUUUUGUAUGCCAAUAAAAUAUGGCAUGUACCAAAGAAGAAAUUGAGAGGAAACGCUUAGCUGCCUUACAAAAAAGACAAGAAAAGCUUAACAAUCAACAAUGUUUACGAAUGAAUACAUUUUCGCCUAUAAACUCAAGUGCUGGACCUGUGAAAUCUAGUGCUGCGUCGUCUAUAGGAUUUCAUCCUUACGGUAAGCCGGAGAAUAGCAAGAGUUUCGCUGAAAAUGCCUCCAUUCCUAGUACAAAGGUUGUCACUGGCACUGUUUAUUUGAUUUCUGAAGAUAGAUUUGAGGUGAAUCCCUCAGAGUUUAGCGCCCCGCUCAUCAAUAUCUUCAAGACAAUACCUUCUAAGACUUACGAUAUAAAUUCGAAGUUAUGGAAUUUUUCCAUAAAAGAUUAUCAAGAGUUGAUGUUGAAAGUAUCAUCAUUAGCACCACAUGUAGUCCUUGGACCUUUGCCAUCAUAUGUCUUAAAGAUACUUAAUGAACCUGUAAUAGAUCCGAACACUGUGGAUUUAUCACCAAUAGAAAAGACACUUCGGAAUAAAUUAAUGCCAUUCCAGGAGGAUGGAGUUCGGUUCGGUAUAGCCAGACAAGGGCAUUGCAUGAUAGCAGAUGACAUGGGGCUCGGGAAGACAUACCAAGCACUUGCUAUUGCUAGUUAUUACAGACACAACUGGCCUCUGCUCAUUGUUACAACGUCUUCAAUGAGAGGAACUUGGCAGAAUACUAUUCAUGAGGUGUUACCGUCCGUCCCUAUGAUGAACAUUGUGACACUUACCAGUAGCAAGGACAGUGAAUUCGUCGCGGAUAGACAGACGGAGAUUGUUAUUGUCAGCUAUAAAAUAGCAGGCAUGCAUACAGAACUGCUGAAGGAUAAGAAAUUUGGAAUGAUUAUUGUUGACGAGUCGCACAACCUGAAGUCGCACAAGGCGCGCUGCACGCAGGCGCUGGCGCGCGUGGCGGCGGGCGGCGCGCGCCUCGUGCUGCUGAGCGGCACGCCCGCGCUCAGCCGGCCCGCCGAGCUCUACACGCAGCUGGCGCUCAUCGCGCCGCGCCUGCUCGGCUCCUUCACCGAGUACGGUAAGCGGUAUUGCGGCGGGAAACAGACGAAUUUCGGCUGGGACAUGACGGGGCAGUCCAACUUAACCGAGCUGCAAAUUAUACUGCAAAAGAGAUUCCUUAUACGAAGAACUAAAGAAAAAGUUUUAACAGAUCUGGAGAAAAAAACAAGGGAAUCAGUGCUACUGGAUCACUCGCUGCUCCAGUUCACGAAGGAGAAGGCGCAAGGGCUCUCUCAGAUGGCGAAGGCCUUCGAGAACACGAGGUCGUCGGACAAGCACGCAGCGUUGAUCACUUACUUUAGCAAAUCGGCUGAAGUCAAAAUCCCUGCCAUAUGUAAAUACAUCAAGCAAUUGCUAAAAGAAACCACCAGCAAGUUCCUCGUGUUCGCGCACCACCGGAACAUGAUCGACGCCAUCUGCUACACCCUGGACGAGACCAGCACCCACUACAUAUGUAUAGUGGGUUCCACCCCCACCAACACUAGAGCCGAGCUGGUCGAGACGUUCCAGCACGUGGAGUCGUGCCGCUGCGCCGUGCUGUCGGUGACGGCGGCCGGCUCCGGCCUCACGCUGACGAGGGCCGACCUGGUGCUGUUCGCCGAGCUGCACUGGAACCCCGGGAUGCUGACGCAGGCGGAGUCCCGCGCGCACCGGCUGGGCCGCUCGGGCGCCGUGUGCGCGCGCUACCUGCUGGCGCGCGGCACCGCCGACGACUUCAUGUGGCCCAUGCUGCAGGACAAACUCGACGUUUUAAACAACGUGGGUCUCAGCGGCGAAACCUUCGAGAACACAACCCUGACUCGUCAGGAAAGUAAAACUAGUAUGACACAGUAUUUAUCGCCGAAGAGCAGUUACAAAAAUAAAAAUGAUUACAUUCCCGGAACGAAUAUUAGAAAAGUUCCAUUGCAGUCUGAGGCUUCUAAAAGUCAAAACACAAGUUGUUUGGAAGAAAACACGCAGGAGAAAAUGCAAACAAGUUGUGAAAUGGAUUUCUUUUUGGAACACGACGAUGACGACGACCUAUUAGCGAACUUGGAUUUAUGAGACUGCGCCUUUGUCAAAUAUUUUAUAAUCUGUUAUAAUUGUCAACAUUAUAAAUUAAUUAUCUGUUACCGAAAUAAUUAAUCUUCUUUGCUGUUUUAUGUGAUGUUGAUGAAAUUAAUUGCGGUCGCUUGAUACAUAGCGAGCAGCUAAUAAUGUUACAAAAUGAAUAAUAAAAAAAAAAUGAAAACAUACAUCAAUUAAUGUCCGGCCGCUGAGAGAAUGCGUUCAUUGAGAGGUCUUUGAUUGAGGGCGUGAAUCCGUGAUCGUUGAAUGAUGUAAAAUAUACAAUAAAGAUAUGUGCAUCGUUUAUUUGACCUACAAACGAAUAAUAUAAUUAAAAACUAUUUAAUGAUGUCAACUUACAAUGAAUGACAGAAUUGUGCGCCGCGAUAUUUUUUAAGUUAUUAAGAAUAUACAUUUUUUAAUUCAUACUGGCAACAAUACGAGUUAACGCUACAUUGUUGUAUAGUGUGUCAGGAGCGUAGUCGUACAUAGAGAUCUUGCAGCUCAGAAAAAUAAUAGUAGGGGCACCCCACCGUUGAUAGAAAAUAUAAUAUAUAAGAAAUAUUAUGAAAUAGUAGUCGCCUGCGGCUUCGCUCGCGUUGUCUGGGUUGGUUGCCCGGUUUUAGAUUCCAGCAUACUUCAUACCAAAUUUUAUGAAAUUUGUCAGCGGUUUGUCCGUGAAAGAGUAAGGGACAGACAGACAAGGUUAUUUUCAGGUUUAUAAUAUUAGUAUAGAAUAACAGGCUUUUUGUGUUGGGGUUCAAUGUCAGUAAUAUGCGUGCGUGACGAUCGUCAUCUUGGUAGCACCGGGUGGACGGGUAUCCCACGAUCGCAGUGACGGUAGCUGCUUGAAAGGCUUGCGUCAAAACCUGUAAGACUGAUCACAGUAGUCUUGAUCUGACAAACGUCAGGAACGCAUUCUCUCAGCAAAUAUGUAUUCAUAACAGGUUUAUUCUAUAGAUUUUCAUAAAAAAAUCCAAUAAAAGUAUAAUAUUUUCCUUUUACAAAUAAUAUAUUGUAAUAUGUAAGUCUAUGUUGAUACUCAAGAAACAACUUAUAAAUCUCUGUUAAAUAUUUAAUGUACGGUUUUUGGAAAAAUAUUUUUUGUAACAAGUUUCCAUAAUUUAUAUGAUUCCAUGAUAUGUUUAUUUUUAAUUUUCUUAUGCGCUAAGGGAAAUCAC